AAGAGCCUCGUGUUGUUCGCCUUCAUUCCGCUGCUCGCGUUCACCUUGAGAGUGCAGACGGGUAUUUUGGGGAAAACUGUUUUAACAAUGCCGGACUGGAUCCGAACUUUUAAGAUUGCUGGUCCAAAUGAAUGACUGUACGCCAUGGAGACCGCGCGAGAAGAAAGCGCGCGGGGGAGCGAUGAUGAUGCGGCCCAAGAAGACACCACAAGUGUAGCUGAUGUGUCCGUGGAAGUGGCUACGGUGGACGCAACUCUUAAUAAACUAUGCAGAAGAUACAACGGACGCAGGAGAAGAGCAAAAAAGAUAAAGAAGAAAAAUCCGAUACUGGAUCUACAGAAUCUGGCCAUUCUCAUCACAGUGGUGGUGUUUGUCAUUGUGGUGAUAAUGUGGUCGCUUCUGUGGGUUUUUAUAUUCCGGAGAGAGAGCAACAGUGGUGUGUAUUUUGCUGGUAUGUUCCGUGUUGCCAACGUGGAGUUUAUACCAGAGUACCGGCACGCUGACUCCAGUGAGUUUGUGUCCAUGGCAAACCGCAUUCAACAUGUGAUAACCAGCGUAUACCGAACAUCUUCAGUGUCCAGACUCUACAAACAAACCGUCAUCUCUGAUCUGAGUAAUAACAAUCAAGGUGGUGUACUGGUGCAUUUCUGGAUGAUCUUCGUGGUGCCGCAUCUGAAGACUCCAUCAGUGUGUGAGGACUGUGUGAGUGCCAUCCUCAAAGACUCUGUGCACAUGAGUCUGCAGAACCGCUCUUCAGUGGGCUUCCUGCAGGGCCUUCCUGUGGACAUCGACUCCAUUCUUGUUAAUGUUGCUUUGCGCUCAGAUUACUCAUCAACAGCUGUGGGCUCUCAGUGUGUGGAUAAGCUGUACGCAGGGGUCCCUGACGUGAGUAUUCCCCUCAAUGUGUUCUCUUCAUGGGGAGGCUUGAGCUGCUACAUCAAACUGACAAGUGCUCCAGGCUCUGUCAUCCGUCUCACUGUGAAGAGCUUUCGUAUUGACCCUAGUGACUGCGUCUAUGAUGCCCUCACCGUGUAUGACUCUCUGCUUCCCAUGAGAGGCAUGAUUCUUUACAGGGUUUGUGAAUCAGUGUCAGCCCCGAUCUCAUUGGUCUCCACCUCCAAUGUCAUGCUGCUCUCCUUCAGACUCACCCAAGGCAAUAAGAUCUUCCGAGGACACUUCCAGGCUCUCAUGGAAGAGCAGUGUAUGAAUACGAUAGCAUUACCCGCUGGCCCAGGUGAUGCUGGAGUAAUAACCAGUCCGUUCUUCCCCAGCCUGUUGCCCCGUCAGUGCUCCUGCACCUGGAUGUUUCAGAUGCCCAGCGGUGCUCUUGGUGUGGCUCUCAGGUUCCAGAACUACAUGCUAAAACUAAAAGACUUGCAAAACUGUGAACACGGCUGGUGGAAAAUCAAUGAGAUUAUAUACUGUGGAAAUUACAUUGACUAUUCAACCGUCUUCCGUAUUCCUGCGCAAAACCCUGAAGUGGUUUUCCGCUGCAGCUCACGAAGUGCUGACCAGUCCUUCAAUGCCACUUACAGCAGCUACAACACCAGCCAACCAUGUCCAGAGGGUCACUUCCUGUGCUCCACAGGUCUGUGUGUGGAGAAGUUCAGGCGCUGUGAUGGACUGGAUGACUGUCAGGAUGAAAGCGAUGAGAUGUUUUGUUCGAAACCUCCUAAAAUCUGUGGAGGUUUAUCCCCUUUGCACCCAUUAUACAUCUGUAAUGGAGAGACGGACUGUUCCAGUGGUAAAGAUGAGAUCAACUGUACUCAGGAGACUAGCUGUUCUGGAGUCAGUUACCAAUGUGGCAAUGGAGCCUGCAUUCUUAAGAAAAACGCUAAAUGUGACGGCUUACAUGACUGCUAUGACCGCAGUGAUGAGAAGGACUGUGCCUGUGGCAAUCCCACCGCUUCAAAGCGUGUUUCUGACAGUGCCGCCACACAGCAGCGUAUUGUGGGCGGGAUCAAUGCGAUGGAGGGGGAGUGGCCAUGGCAGGUCAGCAUGCAUUUUUCUGGUCAGAUGUACUGCGGAGCAUCUGUCCUAUCUGAUGAGUGGCUUCUUUCAGCAGCGCACUGUUUCAGCAAAGAAAGGUUGGCAGAUCCACGUAUGUGGAUGGCUCAUCUAGGCAUGCUAAACCAGGGCAGUGCCAAGCAUGUGGCCGAGAUCCGUCGAUUCGUUGUGCAUGAAUACUACAAUGCGAGAAAUUUUGACUAUGACAUCGCCCUUGUGCAGUUGAAGAAGGCCUGGCCCAGCAGUUUGGAAAAAUAUAUCCAGCCUAUCUGUCUGCCGGCCCCUUCACAGACAUUCACUGAGGGACACCGCUGUUGGGUCACCGGCUGGGGCUACCGUUCUGAGCAGGAUAAGAUUCUACCCACUGUAUUGCAGAAGGCAGAAGUUAGCAUUAUAAGCCAGAGUGAAUGCAAGAGAAGCUAUGGCGCUGUAUCACCCCGCAUGCUGUGUGCUGGUGUGCCCUCAGGAGAGCAGGAUGCCUGCCGGGGAGACUCAGGUGGUCCUCUGUCCUGUCAAGCCCACUCAGGCGGCCGCUGGUUUCUGACAGGUGUUGUGAGCUGGGGUUCCGGCUGUGGCAGACCCAACUUUCCCGGAGUUUACACAAGAGUGGCCAAGUUCGUCGACUGGAUCCAAAGACAUAUUCAAAACUUGUGAAAUGCACAGCCAAUAAAUCCACCUUACAAUGAAUUAUGUAUUUCAUACACUCGAAACAAGCCAUUGUCAUCUCAACUGUUCCACAGCAAAUAGGCUAUGUGUUACUUAAUGGUCUGUCAAUCAUGUAACACCAUUAUAAUACAUUUGUCUUGAAUAAUACAUUACUUGUAGUCUUUUUUUCAGCAAUUACAAAU